UCUUGAGCCUAGCUCUUGAUCACGAUAUUUAUGCUCACGUGAUUCUUUUGGACUCUCAUCAAUGAACAUUGCCAAGUUUUGUCGAUCAAUGUAAAUUUUCUUUAGUUUUUGGAGGGCACGCAGUACCGUGAAACAUUUGAUGGCGAGGUCAUUUCGCAGCGGAAUUGGACCAGAAUCGCGAUGGAUUCGUGGUUGGACUGGCCCGCUCGAUAUACUUUGCUAGUCUUGUAUCGUGCUCCAGAGAGAGGGCAGCAUGGCGACUAUUGCUCGCUGCGAGAGGCUCCAGAAGCGGCGUGUGUUGGACUGGCAGCCGGCGGAUGUUGUUGGCUGAGGUGUGCUGCAGCCCUACCUAUCACAAAUGUCGGCUGGACGUGGGAGGUGAGGAGGUGCACGGCGCUGCAGGUGGGUGUGAUGGCCGGCGCGGUGAGUGGGCGGUUCGGCGCCGUUUCAAUUCAGUUUCAUUCCUGUAGCGGCUACAGAGUGCACCCUCGCGGCCAACGACUAGGCAUUCGGACCUCGAGCAGACUGUCGCUGGCCGCUGUGCAGACGACCAACGAAGCCUUCACGUUGAGAUUGCCCAGCAGCCCAGCACCGGAGCGUGAUAGUGACCCGCCGUCUCGCCUGCGCUAGACCCAUCGCCAGAGCUUCGACUUCGGUAGUGUGGUAGUACCGCCUCACGCCGCCUUGCCUCACCGACGAGAGCAGCGCCCCCUUCCUCGACGUCGCAACGAAACCACCCGAGGGCACUUCAGACCGGACAUCCAUCGACUAGAGACGCUC